CAGACCGGAAAUAAACCAGGUGAUGGCUUUUUCAUGAUCAUAGAAAGCAAGCAGAUCGUCCACAAAUAUUAUUACAAUCAACUGGUUAAUGUACCACGUCCUGCUGGCCUGCUUAUGACCAUAGAUAGCCUUCUUCAAUCUGCACACUUUAUUCUCAUUUCCAGGCCUAUUGGUUGGGUAACAAAUAUUUCCGUAUCUAUUGGACUAUUAAAAAACGCUGUGAUCACAUCCAAGUGUCGUAUCUCAAGAUCAUUCUUAGCUGAAUACGCAAAAAGGAUCCUUAUUGUAGAGUAUCCUUGCAACUGGAGAGAAAAUAUCGUGAUAGUCAAUGCCCCCGAUCUCAGUUUGAAGCCCUGAGCAACCAAUCUUGCCUUGAAUCUAGUUUCUCCAUCGGACGAUUGUUUGAGUUUGUUUGUAUACCCAUUUUGUUCCGACGACAUUGGUUUCACGAGGACAAUUCACUAGCUCCCACGUGUCAUGGGAUAAGAUUGGCUCAUUCAGUUUGAUUCUGUGCGAAGAGAAUGCAUUUUUCAAGAGACUAUGUGGCAUCAGAUUUUUUCUUGAGCAGGAAAACCAAAAUCAUUCUCGAAAAAUCAUCAUAUACCACCAUGAAAUAUUUGUGACCCUCUAUGGAUGUUGGCUUGAUCUCACAUAAAUCGGUAUGCAAUAAUUCUAAGACAGAGUCUGCUUUUUUGUACGAUAGUGGAAACGGAUUCUUGACUUGCUUUCCAUUUAUGCAUGCCUCGCGUUCUGCGAGGCUUAAGUUUAUCAGAGAACUGGAUUCCCUCUGCUUGAUUUAGGAGUUAAGAAACAUAUUAGUAGUUGAGGUGAUCAAGUCGACGAUGUCAAGUAAACAUUGAUGCUUUAUUGGUAGUAGCUGACAGAGCGAUUGUUUGAGACUCAUUAGGUGUGAUGUUUUUAUUCGAACCAGUAGCAAGAUUUAAUUUGUAAAUUCCAUUAUUCAUUUGCUCUGCUGACAUAACAAUUUGACGUUGAGAGUUUUUUACUAUACAAGAAUUAUCAUUAAAUGAGAUAUGUGCAACGUUAUCCGUCAUACAACUCAUAGAUAUCAAAUCAGAGACUAUCUCUGGUACGCUCAGAACUUUUGUAAGCGUCACCUGGCAGAAACCGUUAUUUGUUUGGCACUCAAGGAUUAUAUUUGGAUUGAUUUUUUAUAUUGCCUUCGCCUAUGACUGGGAUUUUCCUUGACUUAGCCAUAGAGAUACUUUUGAUGUCACACGAUUGAAAGUUUGUAAACAUGGAUAUGUUGUGUUAUGGAGAACACAUAUACUUCGACGCGUCUGAGUCUAUAAUCCAUAUAGAAGACAACGGAUCGAGGUCUUGUGAAUUUUUAUUUGUAGCAAUGGAGCUAAGAAAUGUGCAAAAAUUGGCCGAUACUGUGGGGUUUUCUUCAUCAUCAUCCGUGUGACAAUCUUCGCCCGAUAGAUCCUUUUCGAGAGUAUAUGCGGCUUUAGCUGAGUUACGUUUCGCUUUGCACUCUUCGGCAGGAUGUCCAUAUCUGUUGCAAAUGUGGCAUUUAGCUUUCUUGUAUGAUGUUUUUAAGCGCCCUAGUUGUAUGGUGGCGAUGAGUAUUUUGAUUGUGCGCGAGAGUAAAAACCAUGCGCCUCAUGAGACUCAGUAGUCUCUCUUUAAGCGGCCUCCUCAAGCAUGCUUCUUUUGGCUGAAUCUGUUGUCAUUUUCGUUACUGAAUUUCUGAGAGCCAUUUUCAUCAGACGAUAUUGAUCAUCGGGUGGUCCCAUUUACAUCAACAUAUUCAUCAUUUAAUCCGACACAUCCAUUCCAUGGGCGCAAAGUCGAUUCGCGGCAUUUCACUUUUUUGCCAAGAACUCUUCUGUUGUGUUACAAUCAUUUAGAGUAGUCAUGCACAAAUCUAUUAGAGUACCGCACACGUUACUUAGCGCCCCAUCAUCGUAUACAGCUUUGAUUUUGUCCUAUAUUUCUUUUGCGGAAUCCGAAAUAUUGAAGUGUGUACGAACUUUAGCAGUAACAGUCAUUACGAUGCGUGAACGCGCCUGGAUGUUGUUGGCCUCGGUUGUAUCCGAUUGCUCCGUAGACGACGCUUGAAUUACCUUCUAGAGGAAAAUCAAUGUCGAUCGUUUUAUUUAAAAAUAACACCAGUACCAAAGGUCAAAGACAGAUCUAGACUUAUCAAAGAAUAUCACGAGUCAAGCAGACAUUAGACGGUUUGUUCGAGGAUGCACAGGGUGCCAGAAAGGAACUAGUGCGAGUAAAAACAAAACUGCCAAUGAUCACCACGGACACCCCAUCUCAUCUAUUCGACAAAAUAUCAAUCGAUUUCUGCGGGCCAAAGCCUCAAACUAGUAUACUAGUACCAGUCGAACACGCAACGGCAAGAAAACUAACACGAGCACUUACAGAAAAACUAAUUUGCUAUUCCGGUGCACCCGCAACCCUCAUAUCCGACCUGGGAGCACACUUUAUGAACCGAGUUAUAGAAGAAUUUGCAUGAAUAUUCAGAGUAAAUAAGUACUCGUCAACUGCGCACUAUCAACCCAAAGUCAGACAGUUUAAACCUGAAUAUAAGGGCCCGUGCGAAAUCAUAGCUAUUAACUACUCAACACACAAUGCAAAAAUCCAAAAAGGGAAUAAAACACGGAUAGUGAAUUCAAAUAAGCUUGAACGGUAUAUACGGAAAAUCUAACAGGAAAAGGGUACAGAUAUAAGCAAAA